AUGCCUCUGACAUUGACCGCAUCGAGCUCAUCACAGCACUCUUCUGCUAGAAAGGCUUCCUCUGAAAAUGUCACGACGGUAGAUUCUUCGAAUUCUGGUGAUUUCCCGCAGCAGCUCCUUUAUGUAGAUCUCGAAAAAGCGCAGCCAAAAAACUAUUUUCGUCGAGCGUGUAACUCGUUCAAGCAUUCUGAAGAAAAACAACCAUCCUUGAAGCAUGAACUGAACAACUUCCAGAUGCAGAUGAUUGCAAUUGGAGGAUCGAUUGGUACAGGGCUAUUUCUGGGGACAGGAGAGGCCUUAAGAGUUGGUGGCCCAGCUGCACUAAUUAUUGGCUGGACAUUAAUUGGAACAAUGAUAUAUUGUACUGUGCACUCGUUGUGUGAGUUGGCUGUCACCUUUCCAGUUCCCGGUGGAUUCAGUUAUUACAGUUCUGUUUUUAUCGACGGCUCAUGGGGUUUUGCGAUGGCUCUCAACUACGCUAUGCAAUGGCUUAUUCUCUUACCUCUUGAAUUAUCUGCGGCUACCAUGACAUUCAAAUACUGGAACGACUUCCCUAUUCCUGAUUGGGCUCUCAUUACGGGCUUCUUUUUGACGAUCAUUGCGAUCAACUUGAUGAGUGUAAAGAUUUUUGGUUACGCUGAAGUGAUCUUCUCUUUGACAAAAAUCGUUGCCGUUAUUGCGUUCAUUAUUCUUGGACUGGUGCUUGUAUUUGGGGGACUGCCCGCAAGAGAAGCAAUCUUGGACAAGAAUUGGAAGGAUCCCGGUCCUUUUGCCAAUGGCUUCAAGGGUGUAAUUUCCGUGUUUGUCACAGCUGCAUUUUCCUUUGCAGGAACUGAGAUGUGUGGUCUGGCAGCAGCAGAAUCUAAAGAUCCAAGAAAACAUGUUCCCAAAGCCACGAAGCAGGUGUUUUGGAGAAUUUGCGGGUUUUACUUCAUCUCUCUUGCUCUGAUUGGCCUUCUGGUACCCUCUAACUACAGCAAUCAUACGAAAAGAUCUGAAACAGAUACAAGAAUGAGUCCUUUCACAGUUGCUCUCGAAGCAACUGGUGUCAAAGGAAUAGCAUCUGUUAUGAAUGUGGUAAUUCUUAUAUCCAUUCUGUCGGUUGGUAACAGCGCGAUCUAUGCUUCCUCCAGAACACUCCUGGCCCUUCACAACCUGGGUCACAUCAAAACCUUCUCUUUCUUUAACAUGGGUUAUAUUGAUAGAAAGGGCAGACCGUUGGUUGCGAUUGCAUUUACGCUUGUAUUUGGAAUGAUGGCUUAUGGAACACUCAUUAGCGAGACUGGUGCCCUGACUCUGUUCACUUGGCUUAUGGCAUUGUCUGGACUAUCGUCCCUAUUUACAUGGGGUUCUAUUUGCUUAGCUCACAUUAGAUUCAGAGCUGGUCUCGUUGCACAAGGAAGAUCCCCUUCUGAACUUGGCUAUAUCUCCCCGGUGGGAGUGGUAGGGUCAUACUACGGUUUGGCCAUGAACGCCAUGGUGUUGAUAGCCCAAGUAUGGAUAGCAGCUUCACCAGUGGGGCACAAUGCCUCGAUCGAGUUAUCCUUAAAGGCUAUUUUAGGACUUCCCAUAGUGCUUCUCUCAUACCUAAUCCACAAGAUUUACAAGGCGUUUGUGACAAAAACAGACAAAUCGUUCUACAUCAGCUCAAAAGAUAUGGACCUGGAUAGGGGCAGACAAGAAACUGACAUUGCGGCCGCAGGUAUAUGUUACGAGGAAGAGAGACGAGAAAUGAGGCAGAGACCUCCUUUGACUCGUCUUUAUAAUUUCUGGUGCUGA